AUGACAGUUCAAGAACAGACAGCACCCACCGGCGCCGGUGUCCUAACCAACGCCGAUGGCCUCAUAAUUCUGACGAGACCAGAAACCGCAAAGAAAGAUACCAUAACCAUCAAAAUCCCCGACCUCUUCAUCUCUAUCGUGGGAAAACCGAGGGAACUCAACCCGUUCUUAGAGGAAACUACAAGUACCGAUGAUUGGGCAUGCAAGGUACUUCGUUUCGACGAAAGGCUUACCAAGGAAUGGGUUGAUAUGAAAUUUCCAUUCCUUUGCGCCUCUAUGGUCCCAAAUUCAACCGAGCAGCCUCUGCAGGCUUUUACUGAAUGGGUUUCUUGGUCUAUUCCUUUUGAUGAUCGUGUCGACGGCGGAGAUCUUGCAGAUGACCUCAACGGGGCUGCCGAAGAAAUCAUUCAAAGCCUUGCAAUAAUGGACGACGAUUAUCCAACCAUCGACCCCGAAGGGAACGGAGUUCGACAUAUGUUCCAGAAACUAUGGUGGAGAGUUAGCAAAUACGCACCACCAGACGAAAGGCGCCGACAUAAACGAUUGAACCGAGAUUAUAUGCUCGGGUUACUCCAACAGAUCAAGUGGUUGGGAUACAAAGAUAGAAUCCUGACAGUGGAUGAAUAUCUAGCGUUUAGACGUCCAAACUCAGGCAUGGGGCCAACAUGGUCGGUUACCGAAGCGAACAAAAUUCCAUGUGAAGUUGUGGAACAUCCAUCUGUUGAGAUCUUUAGAGAUUUAGUCAUCGAUAUAGUAUCAAUCGCCAACGAUAUUUAUUCUUGUCCAAAGGAUAUCCCUAACGGUGAAGGUUCCAAUAUUAUUUCCGUCCUCCUAAGACAAGGUUAUUCCCUCCAAGAUGCCAUCGACGAAGCCGGCAAGAUGGUCCUUGACAGGUAUAAAAUAUGGGAACAAGCGGUCCGUGACUUGCCAUCUUGGGGUGAGGAAGUCGAUGCGGUCGUUUUAAAACUUGUUCAAGCUUACUCAGAUGUCUGCUGGGGGAAUAUGAACUGGAGUUUUGUUACAUCCCGAUAUAUGGGAAAUGAAAAGGAACAGGCUCGAACCACGGGGUUGCUCACUUUCGCUGCUAAGGAUAUCGAGAAAACGGCUCGAUUGCCGCAGAGUUCCUAA